AUGGAAGUACGUGCCCUCAUCGACCCGUGCUCUGAAGCAACAUUUAUUUCGGAGGCACUCGCGCAGCAACUGCGCAUAUCACGGCAAAAGGCACUGGUCCCGGUAACCGGAGUUGGCGGUGCGCGAUGUGCGACUGCCAAGUAUCAAGCAUUGAUUUCAAUUCGACCGCACUUCGAUAAUGGAAAGGAGUGGACGGUUCAAGCGUUGAUUUUAACGCAUUUAUCGGACUACGUCACACCACAAUACGAGCUUUUUCAUCAACUAGACUUUGCCGCUGGACUGAAACUCGCAGAUUACAACAUCAAAGCAGCGGACAAAGUAGAUGUCAUCAUAGGUGCUGAUCUGUUCCCUGCGCUGAUCAAAGGAGGACUCCGUAAAAGAGCAGAUUCGACUCUCAUCGCACAGGCGACGGAGCUGGGUUGGAUUUUAACCGGAGCUACCGACGCUCGACCUACUGCGGCGCAGAAGUCACCCACGAUCGCCAGUCACACGAUCGGAGUGGAUACGGAGCUGCACGAGCUCAUGGAAAGAUUUUGGCAGCAGGAGGAUGUUGCACCUGUAAGUACUGCUUUUACGAAAGAGGAACAAGAAUGUGAAGAGCAUUUCGUCGCGACACAUCGACGAGACGAGCAUGGUCGAUAUAUCGUUCGACUGCCGUUCAAGGGAGAUGCAGCCAAGCUCGGAGACUCGAGAUUGGUCGCGCAACGUACGCUGCAGCGAAUGGAGCGACGCUUUGCUCAGCAACCGCAAUUGGGUCAGAUGUACGAAGAUUUCAUGUCCGAAUAUACAUCGCUCAAUCAUAUGAGCGAACUGCGUGUAGCCAAUGAAGCAGCUUGUGAGCAAUUUUAUCUACCACAUCAUGGAGUUUUGAAGCAGAGCGGAGACAAAUUCAAACUGCGAGUCGUCUUCAAUGGGUCAGUCAAGGUGGAUAAUGGCGCGACUUUGAACGAUUGUCUGCACGUCGGACCUAAGUUGCAGACUGAGAUUUUCGACAUCAUGCUGCGUUGGCGUAAGCUCCGAUACGUCUUCUCGGCAGAUAUAGAGAAAAUGUACCGCCAAAUACUAGUCGAUGAGCGUGAUCGUCGAUUUCAACAAAUCUACUGGAGGCAAGCGCCGACGGAGGAAAUGAAGACGUACCAACUUAAUACAAUUACCUACGGGCUUGCAAGCUCGCCAUAUCAGGCAAUCCGAGUCCUGCAGCAACUGGCGAGUGACGAAUCGGCGAGAUACCCUGCGGCCUCAAGAGUUCUCAAGAAUAGUGCGUAUAUGGAUGAUAUACUUACAGGAGCCGACUCGCUGGAGGAUGCUCGCGAAUUGCAGCGCGAGCUUGCGGAUCUUCUUAUGGCGGGCGGAUUUCCCUUGAGCAAGUGGUGCGCCAACCACCCCAGCUUAUUGGAGUCAUUUCCUCCCGAGAAAUUAGCGGGCGCUCGAGAAUACAAUUGGAAUGCAGGUGAGGCGGUAAGCAUGCUGGGGAUAUCGUGGCAACCGCACGAGGAUUGUUUUCGUUUCACCAUUGCUGAUCCGCCAACGGAGAACAUAACGAAGAGAAAAGCGCUAUCAUUUAUUGGACAGCUGUACGACCCGCUCGGGUGGAUAUCGCCACUGACUAUCCAGUACAAGAUUUUUCUACAGCGCCUUUGGACUUUAGGUUUGUCCUGGGACGAUCCACUUCCGGCGCACUUACAAGCAUUGUGGCAAUCACUUGUCAAGGACCUACAGAACCUCACUCAAGUCUGUAUACCUCGAUGGAUAGGACUAUCACCGACUCCAGGCACUGUCUUGGAGCUUCACGGAUUCGCUGACGCGUCGGAGCGGGCCUAUGGUGCUGUAAUUUAUGUACGAACAGCGAUCGACGACGUUAGUUCUCGCUGCACCAUUCUUACAUCGAAAACAAAAGUCGCACCUUUGAAGCAAGUUUCGCUGCCACGACUGGAGCUCUGCGCGGCCCAUAUGCUCGUGCAACUGAUGAGGCGAGUCGUCGAUACGAUGUCGAUGGUCGACGUUCCGGUGCACUUGUGGUCUGAUUCGACCAUUGCACUGGCCUGGAUACGUGGACAUCCAACACAGUGGAAGACAUACGUGGCCAAUCGAGUGUCGGACAUCCAGACGACGCUGCCUCAAGCCUCUUGGCACCACAUCGCGGGGACGCAGAACCCCGCUGACAUCGCCUCGCGCGGAGCACCGGUGGAAGCUUUGUGUUCACCCUCACUUUGGAUGGACGGACCGGACAUAAUAACGAGCUCGGGCGACCCAUGGCCUCGAGACAUGAACGAAGAAUUGCCGAACACAGAGCUUGAAUGCAGAUCGAUUGCGGUGCAUAUCGCCAGCCGCGGGCCGGAGGAGAGUGAAAUGCUGAAGAGAUACUCCAGUCUCAAUCGCCUGCUGCGCGUUACAGCGAGAUGUAUGGAAUUUGUAGCGCGCUUGCGAGAGAGAAGAAAAAGAAGAUCGCGAAGGCUCAGGUCAGGUGAGACGCUGGAGCUGACCCCAGCUCAGAUAGACAGCGCGCUCAAGCUCUGGACUCGGCAGGUGCAGGAACUUCAUUUUUCUAAGGAAAUCGAGUCGUUACGGAGGUCUGUGCCCUUGUCGAGAAAAAGUGCACUGUUACGGCUGCACCCGAUUCUCGAUGAAGAGGGCCUACUGCGGCUGGGAGGUCGACUGCAGAAUUCGUUGCUGCAUUAUGAUGAGAAGCAUCCGUACAUACUCCCCAGUACAUCGUUCCUUUCACUGUUGUUGGCUCGCGACGCGCACGACAGAACACUACAUGGAGGAACGCAGCUCACAUUGAGUUAUUUGCGACGUCGCUUCUGGAUUACUCAAGGUCGCGCGCUCGUUAAACGAGUAAUAGGUCGCUGUAUACGAUGUUGGCGAUAUAGAGCGACUCCAACGAGUCAGCUUAUGGGUGAUCUCCCUGCCCUCCGAGUGCAACAGAGCCGACCGUUUCUUCACACCGGAGUCGACUAUGCUGGCCCGAUUAACAUUAAGUGUUCCAGAGGUAGAGGAAAGGCUACUUUCAAGGGCUAUAUCGCCGUCUUUGUAUGUUUGGCUACGCGUGCGGUUCACCUGGAAGUGGCAUCUGGUUACUCGGCGCGUGAUUUUUUGAUGGUGUACCGGCGCUUCGUGGCUCGUCGAGGUAUUUGUGCCACUCUCUCAAGUGACUGCGGAACGAAUUUCAUUGGCGCCGACCGAGAGCUUCGUGAGUUAUUUGCCCAGGCACAGAAGCAGCCGAAAAAACUGGCACGCAUGCUGAGUAACGAGGGCACGGAGUGGCGUUUUAAUCCACCAGCAGCACCACACUUUGGAGGGAUCUGGGAGGCAGCGGUCAAAAGCACGAAAUUCCAUCUCAAGAGGAUAAUAGGCGAUACGCGUCUAACGUUUGAAGAAUUUUCCACUCUUCUUGCUCAAAUAGAGGCGUGUCUCAAUUCGCGGCCAUUGCAAGCGAUCAAUGACGAUCCAACGGAUCUCACGGCGCUGACACCCGCGCACUUUCUCAUUGGCACCGCAACAUGUACCAUACCUGAACCGUCGACGCUCGAUUUGUCCAUCUCCGGACUUUCUCGGCUACAGAUGCUGAGAAAUAUGUAUGAGCAUUUUUGGACGAGAUGGUCCUCGGAAUAUCUGCAGGCGCUACAACAUCGACCAAAGUGGCAGAAGAGCAACACCCAGAUUCGCGUCGGACAGUUAUGCGUGAUCCGAUCGGAAUUGACGCCGCCGUGCAAAUGGGCCCUCGCACGCAUAACUCAAGUUCACCCUGGAAAGGAUGGCCUGGUACGAGUGGUAUCAGUGAAAACUGCCACGUCUGUAUUCAAAAGACCUGUCACCAAACUUAGCAUUCUACCACCAGCAGAAGAUGAUUCGCCUAAUAUCGGCGAAGGCGGGCGGAAUGUUCCGGAUUGUGAAUGAAUCGACGAGGCAAACACCGUUUAAAUUGUAAAUAAUGUAAAUAGUACCGUUAGUUUUAAGUUUUGUUAUUGUAGUAUGUAAGAGUUAUUGUAGUAUAUAAGUCAGUCGUCAAGAGAACGCUCAACUGGUAGUCUCGUGUUCAAAUAUCAAUAAAUCAGUUAGCCGGCCAACUUUCAUAUUCGAAGGAGCACGUAUUCCACGUAUGGAUAAGAGGCCGCAAAGUGAGCUCCGCC